UGUACCUCACUCUCACUGGAGCCGUGUUUCUCCUCUCCAGCCCAGGCCAUAGAGCAGAGGCUGAGAAAGAUCGACCACACAGCCAUCCAUCCUCACCUGCUGGAUAUGAAGAUCGGUCAGGGGAAAUACCAGCAGGGCUUCUUCCCCAAACUCCAGGCUGACGUGCUCGCCUCAGGGCCUACCAACAACAAGUGGUCUAAUCGCACGUGCUCGACUCAGCGCAGAGUGGACCGCCACAGACAGCAGAACGACCAUCUUGUGCUGGACAAUGACCUCAAAGAGAAGUACAUGCAGGAGGCCCGUAACCUGGGGAAGAACCUGAGGCAACCCAAACUAUCGGACCUCUCCCCUGCCGUCAUCGCUCAGACCAACUGGAAGUUUGUGGAGGGUUUACUGAAAGAAUGCAAAAUGAAGACCAAGCGCAUGUUGGUGGAGAAAAUGGGCAGAGAGGCUGUGGAACUGGGACACGGAGAGGCGAACAUCACGGGCCUGGAGGAGAACACGCUCAUAGCCAGUCUGUGUGACCUGCUGGAGAGAAUAUGGAGCCACGGCCUACAGGUCAAACAGGGGAAGUCUGCGCUGUGGUCUCAUUUGUUGCACUACCAGACGAGAGAAGAGAAGAACGAACAGCUGUCAGAGUCUCCAGUGUCUAAUGGCCAGGAAAAGCGGAAGCCAGAGUCCAGUGUUGGUCUCCCUGCAUUACGUGUAUCCGUCAUACAGGACAUGAGGCACAUCCAGAACAUCAGCGAGAUCAAGACAGAUGUUGGGAAGGCCAGGGCAUGGGUGCGUCUCUCCAUGGAGAAGAAACUGUUGUCCAGGCACCUGAAGCAACUUCUGUCUGACCAUGAGCUUACAAAGAAACUCUAUAAGCGCUACGCUUUCCUGCGCUGUGAUGAUGAGAAGGAGCAGUUCCUCUACCAUCUCCUCUCUUUUAACGCUGUGGACUACUUCUGCUUUACCAAUGUCUUCACUACAAUUAUGAUACCAUACCAUGUGGUCAUCAUUCCCAGCAAGAAACUAGGUGGCUCCAUGUUUACGGCCAACCCCUGGGUGUGUGUCUCAGGAGAACUAGCUGAGACUGGGGUUCUGCAGGUCCCCAAAAACACCCUGGAGAUUACGUUUGAGUGCCAGAACCUGGGGAAACUGACCACAGUACAGAUGGGCCAUGAUAACUCAGGACUGUAUGCUAAGUGGCUAGUGGAGUGUGUAAUGGUCCGCAACGGGAUCACAGGGCACACCUACAAGUUUCCAUGCGGCCGUUGGCUCGGGAAGGGAGUAGAUGAUGGCAGCUUGGAGAGGAUACUGGUGGGCGAAUUGGUGACUAACAUGGAGAACGAGGACAGAAUGUGCCGGACUCCUCCAAUGCAGCAAUCCCCUGGGAUGAUGCGAAGAUUUGUCACCAUUUCGCCAAACAGCAAACCAAAGUUAAACACGGGCCAGAUCCAGGAAGGAGUGGGAGAGGCGAUUAACGGUAUCGUCAAGCACUUCCAUAAGCCAGAAAAAGAGAGAGGAAGCCUGACAUUGCUUCUGUGUGGAGAGUAUGGUUUAGUAUGGGCUCUGGAGCAGGUGUUUCAGCAUGGCUUCAAGUCUCCCCGCCUUUUCAAGAACGUCUUCAUUUGGGACUUUCUAGAAAAAGCACAGGUCUACUUUGAGAGCGCAGAGCAGAGUCAGAUGACCCAGGAUGAGAACUGGCAGAUGAGAGUGCGUCAUUUCUGCCAUUUCAUGCGUGCCAUCAACAGCACACCCAGGAACAUCGGCAAAGAUGGGAAGUUUCAGAUGCUCGUGUGUCUCGGAGCCAGAGAUCACCUGCUGCACCACUGGAUCGCGCUUCUCGCCGAGUGUCCGAUCACAGCACAGAUGUACGAGGACGCGGCGCUCUUAAAGGACCAUUCUCUGGUGAACUCUCUGAUUCGAGUGCUACAGACUCUGCAGGAAUUCAACAUCACUCUGGAGGCUUCUCUCGUCAAAGGAAUCGGGAUAUAACGUCAUCUGAAUAUAGAACUAACACAGGGAUCAGCGGGACCAUGGACUAACUUUUUUUUUUUUUUUUACACGGAGAGACUUGAACAAAAGGACUAAACCUGGCUUACGUUAAAGCUACCGUCAUGUUUGCCAUAUAUUAAGUGCAAUGAGCCUUUUCAAACGUGUCAUAAUUUUUAUCGACAACAUUACUGACAUUCAAAUAUGUCUUCUAUUUUGAUCCCACCCCGCCUCCCGUGCUAUACCGUUUUAUCGAAAGCUCAAUAUUUUUCGUUGUUGUUGUGGACUGCUGACAAUGGCUAUAUUUAAAAGGAAAACAUGUAAGAAAAACUGUUAUUAUAUUUUCAGAGAAGAACAGUGUUAUUUUGAUAUGUGUCAGGUUGCUUGCUCUGUGCUCUAAUCUAAUCCAUACUGUCACAAUGCAGAGUUCAAAGCAAAUGAUGUAGAAGUAUGCUUUAUAAGUACAACUUGUGGGGAACUCAUAUUUUUACUUAAAGAAAGGAAAGAUGAGAUAAAUGGAAAAAAAAGGCUCUCUUUUGUAACAACGCCAGGGACUUGUGUCAUUUCCCUAUAAAUGCAAAUCUAAAUGCAAAUUAGUUUAAAGGGACAGUUCACCCAAAAAUUACACUACCAGUCAAAUUUUUUUUUAUGAAUGUUAUGUUGUGCUCAUUGAGGCAAUUUGAAUACAUUUAAAAAAAUGUAAUUUAUUCAAGUGAUGGCAAAGCUGAAAUAUCAGCAGUCAGCAUUUCAGUUUUUUAUCUUUAUUCGGCAAGGAUGCUUUAAAUGAAUCAAAAGUGACUGU